ACUUAUAGAGCCCUCUAUGAGUGAUAUGUAUAGAGAUUGUGAACGCAUAGACCAUAUCAUUCAAAGAUGGCUUCAGGAGAUCUGCAGGCCGUUGAUGACAACGACCAAAACAAUGACAUCCAACUCAAGAAACAACACUUAGAGAAUGGAUUUCAUGAAGAACCCGACUUCAGUGAUCCAGAAGACUUUGUCGACGAUAUUACCGAUGAAGAUCUUUUAUCCCAUUUAUUGCGGCAGAAACCGACAGAACAGUCGGGUCUCCAAAAUGUAGUGAUUGUUGACCGCAUACCACAAGUUGGUCCCGAAAGGGCCGAAAAAUUGAAGACUGUAUUGUUUAAACUUUUCUCGAAAUGUGGUAAAAUAAUGAACGAAUUUUAUCCAUUAGAUGAAACUAAUCAAACCAAAGGAUAUGUCUUCUUUGAAUAUGAAAAUCCUGAACAAGCGUUAGAUGCGGUCAAAACAUAUGACGGACACAAACUCGACAAACAGCAUGUAUUUGCAGUGAAUCAGUUCACAGAUAUUGACAAAUAUGUUAAUAUUCCCGAUGAGAUAGAAGAUCCCCAAAUACAGGAGUACAGCACCCGAGGGAACCUUUACUAUUGGCUUUUUGAACCCGAAUGUUAUGACCAAUAUUCUGUUCUUUACGAAGCCGGCGAAAUGACUGCCGUUUUUCUCAAUUCAACACCAGAACCAUCACUUCUUAAAGAAAGGAAAUUAUGGACCGAACAGAAUAUUCAAUGGUCACCUUUGGGAACAUAUAUGGCAACAUUUCACAAAAGAGGAAUAGCUUUGUGGGGCGGCGAAGAUUUUACACAAUUGGCCCGAUUUGCUCACGACAGUGUCAACCUAAUUGACUUCAGUCCGUGUGAGAAAUACAUUACUACAUUAAGCCAACAACUUGUUAUGGCUAAUGACGCCAACGCUAUCAUUAUUUGGGAUAUAAGGACACAAACUAAGAAAAGAGCGUUUAGUGCCGAUCCUUCGCAACAUCUCAUUUGGCCGAUAUUUAAAUGGUCUUUUGAUGACAAAUACUUUGCCCGCAUUUACGCCGAUUCACUUAGUAUUUAUGAAACGCCGUCAUUUGGUUUAUUAGAUAAAAAGUCAACAAAGAUUGCCGGCAUUCGUAACUUCACGUGGUCUCCAUCACAGAACAUUCUGGCCUAUUGGGUGGCCGAAGACCAGAACGUACCGGCUCGGGUCACUCUUAUUGAGAUACCAUCGCGUAAUGAAAUCAGAGCCAAGAAUUUGUUCAAUGUUGCCGAUUGUAAGAUGCAUUGGCAGAAAUGCGGUGACUAUUUGUGUGUCAAAGUAGACAGAUAUACAAAGGCCAAGAAGGAGAAGAAUGAAUUCAAAUAUAGUGGAAUGUACUUCAACUUUGAAGUGUUUCAUAUGAGAGAAAAACAAAUACCAGUCGAUAGUCUAGAAAUUAAAGAGCAAAUCGUAGCAUUCAGUUGGGAACCGGUAGGAAAUAAAUUUGCCAUAAUUCAUGGAGAAGGUCCAUCAACAUAUAGUGUCAGCUUUUAUGGCAUUAAAUCCGGAGUAACUGUUAGCCUAUUAAAGAAAUUUGAUUCAAAACAAUGCAAUCAUUUAUUUUGGUCGCCUUCCGGACAGUUUAUAGUAUUAGCUUCUCUUAGAUCAACUGCCCAUACAUUAGAAUUCAUAGACACAUCUGAUUUUACGAUUACCAAUACAACGGAUCACUUCCAGGUGACAGAUGUUGAAUGGGAUCCAACCGGCAGAUAUGUCACUACAGGAGUUAGCAAUUGGGCGCAUAAGGUGGACAAUUCCUACUGGUUGUGGUCAUUUCAAGGGCGACUCAUACGGAAGCACAAUCUCGACCGCUUCUGUCAAUUACUUUGGAGACCACGACCACCGACACUGUUGUCUGACGAGAAAAUCAAGGAAAUUAAGAAAAAUCUGAAGCAAUACAGCGCACAGUUUGACAUUAAAGACAGAAUGGCACUCUCGAAGGUCUCCAAAGAUAUGUUGGAAAAGAGACAAAAAUUGAUGAAAGAGUUCGAAGAGAAUCGCCAGAAGAAUGAGAGAAUGUUUAAUACAACCAAAAAGAGAAGAAACGAAUUGAGAUCCGAAGACAAUAUUGAAGACAAAGAGGAUGACGAAACUGAAGAAACAGUAGAGUUCUUGAUUAAGGAAGAGAUCACUACUAUCGAUGAAAACGACGACUAGAAGACAAAAGUCUGAAGUUAUUUCGCAAAUUAUAAACAAUUGAUAGUGUAUUUGAUUAUUAUAUUGAAUACAUUAAAUGAAAACGAUUUUUGUAUUUAACAUUAAUAACUA